CGGGAAGUAGGUGGAAGGGAAGGAGGUCGAGGGAAGGGUGCUAUGGUGCUGGGUGCUGUGGUGCGGGCUGAGCAGGGAAAGUGAAGGAUUCUGCCCAGGAGUGCUUAGCCUGUGCGUUUCCGAUAGGGGCUUCUGUCUCGGAACUCAGUGAAGAAUUUCAAUAGGGGUUCCACUAUGGGACCCUUAGUCUGAGGCUCUCCGAGUGCCUUUGGAUCUCUUUGCCGUCUCAGAAGGGAAUUUUCAGUGCUGAAUCCCUCAAGUAUAUUUUGUUUGCUUUUGUUUUUAAUUUUUUUCAAGCAGCAGUAGCAGUCCCUCUAACACAGACUCCCAAGUAGCCCUCAUAAUUGGGAGGGAUGAGACCCUGUGGUCCUUCCUGAUCAGGCUGUGUCCCAGUCGCAUGGCGCUGUGUUGGGAUGCCUAGUGACAGCAGGGGCGGUCCCCUCAGCGGAGGCGGAAACUUGACACUUCGGACUUGGGAGUGGCUCUCGCCCUGCCUGGUGCUAAUAAACUUCAGCCUCAGGGCUCCAGAUCGGUUAGCUGCAUCCCACCUUCUUUCUUGGACAAUCUGUGUGGACAUCAGCUCCUGCUUUGGCAUACUGAUGGCAGCAGAGCCUCUGACUGAACUGGAGGCGGCCAUUGAGACUGUGGUCUCUAUUUUCUUCACCUUUGCAGGGCGGGAAGGACGCAAAGGCAGCCUGAGCAUCAAUGAAUUUAAGGAACUGGUCACUCAGCAACUGCCUCAUUUGCUCAAGGACGUGGGCUCUCUAGAUGAAAAGAUGAAGACCUUGGAUGUGAAUCAGGACUCAGAGCUGAAGUUCAAUGAGUACUGGAAACUGAUUGGGGAGCUGGCAAAGGAAAUCAGGAAGGAGAAGGCCCUGGAGAUCCGGAAGAAGUAAAGCUUGCUGUCCGGCAGGGCCUGCUGGGCAGAGCCAGGCAGCACUCCCCCCCCCCCCAAAAAAGCUUCCUUCUUGAAACCCA